CUCCUCUCCGCAUCGCGGGCGCGGGCUCAUGGCGGCGUCGGCGGCUCUGUCUGCGGCGGCGGCGGCGGCGGCCCUGUCGGGCCUGGCGGUGCGGCUGUCGCGCUCGGCCGCAGCUCGGGGCUCCUACAGCGCCUUCUGCAAGGGGCUCACUCGCACGCUGCUCACCUUCUUCGACCUGGCCUGGCGGCUGCGCAUGAACUUCCCCUACUUCUACGUCGUGGCCUCGGUGAUGCUCAACGUCCGCCUGCAGGUGCGGAUCGAAAUCACCCGGGAGAAUCUCGAGAUGGCUUUGGCUUGGUCCUGGAGGUGGCGAGUUUGCUGCUGAGCAGCCCGCUCCAACCGCUGGAAGCAGAGCAGAGACACGACGCGACAGACCCCGAGCGGCCCCCGCCAGCCACCCCGCCCCACGCCUCCACCGGUGCCGGUGCCGGUGCCGCGCGCUCUG